GAGAUUUGUAUUCCAGAAGCUAAGGGCAAGACGUUCGCUGAUUUUAUCUACUCGUUUACCUAUGAGGACUAUACAAAAGAUGCACCAGAUUCGAUCAGACAACAUUUUACCAAUACCGGACAGUAUUACGAUCGAGGAUACUUUAUCAUUCUCCAAUUUCUACUCAAUAUUUGUAUGUGUUUACGGAAGGAGGCUACCGAUCUUCACUGUCCGAAUCCGUGCUGGCGACCGAAUGUAUGCAUCAAUGACCCGCACAGUACCGGAUCUUGUCUGAUUAUCAGAGAUCCACAGAAGAGAGUCUCUAUUCAUCCACGAUUACGAAUCAAAGUACGCGAUAUCUACGAUUAUGACUAUCAGUGUGCAUGUAAACCGGGCUACGCCUUCAAUGAAACAUUGAAGAGAUGUAUGGAAGAGCCCCCCAAAUGCGAUCCAACCAGAUGUCAUAACGGAGGUAUAUGCGAAGUUUUGCCCCCGAGUAAGCGUGCCAUGACUGGACAGGAUCUUAUCUGUCACUGCCCACCAGCUUGGGGUGGUCCUAUGUGCGAAGAACCAAGAAAUCCGUGCAAAAUUUUCCAUCAACUUUGUGGUCGCUACUCCUGUUUUCGAGAUACAAAUAACCGAAUCAAAGGCUACUCUUGCUCCUGUCCACCCGGUACCCGAAGCCUGAGUCAUGCGAGUCCAAGAUGUGUGAAUAUAAAUGAAUGCAAGGAGUUGAUUAAUCCCUGUCUGAACGGUGGUGUUUGUGCCGAUCGUUAUCCGCCAGAUUCGGCCAUUGCGAGAAAACGGGGUCAGCCUUUCGGUUACACAUGUCAUUGUCGAUUCGGAUACGCCGGAGAUCGCUGUGAACGUCCACCACCAAGCCUAUACUGGUCUGGAUGGAGUAUUUGGUCCAAAUGUUCCACAUCGUGUGGUGUUGGAGUGCGUAUACGACAUCGAUCUUGUCCGGUUCGAAACAGGUGCACCGGUCAGACUGUUCAAACCGGUCGGUGCUUGGGCCCGGUGACCUACUGUUCCGAAACAGGUGAAGACGUACCAGCUGAAGAAACCGGUCUGGGUACUCGUAUUGUGCAGAGUUGGGGUAUCGGUUGGACUGUUGGAGACGAUCGAACCUUGAAUGAUGCGUUCUUCUGGUCAGAAGCCGAAGACGGUUGGCCCAGUCUCUAUUUUCAUCAAGAAGGUUAUCAAUUCGGAGACAUUUUGACAUGGACGAAACUCACUCAACUGUCCCGUAAUUGGUCUCUUGGGCAAAUGAUGAUCUAUCAUGCGGUCGUUUUGGGUGUGUUAGCUAUUCCGUUANGUUACUCUUUAUCUUGGUCUCGUUAA